AUGGCUCUUGUGCACCCUGCUUCAGCAGAUAUGAAGCUGCAUUUGAUCGGCCAGGAAGAAUCUGCAGUCCAAAUAUUGGUCGAUGCCCUGGUCAAGAAACUGGCUAUCCCCAAACACUUUUCUGGCCUCCUAUUUGUCGACCCAGACGCCCUGACCGAAGUCAAUGAAUUUUCCACGAGAGACUACUGUCAAGAGAAACAUGGGGAACAUUGUGGUAUGAUCUUCAAACAAAUCGACAUCUACUGCGUACGGCUAUACGGAGUCUUUUUCGAGCCCCCCAAUCUUGCUGCAAUCGACUAUGCACAUGUAACCGGCGUGAGCAUUUCCCAGCGCCUCGCUGAGUGUUUGCAUUCCCAUGUUGAAGAUUCCCUAUUCCGGGACCUGCCCAUGGAAUACGGCAUUGUGCAAUCAAAGCCAACGUAUCUGCUUCAAGUCCCACCAAGCCUCACCACCAAAGAACGCAUUGUCUCGCUGCUCAAGCGUGUUCCAGCAUCGACGGCACCAUCGACCCUAAUAUCGCCCAAGCGGCUUCGGACUGGAGACAGAAUCGUUCCUGCGAUUGGCGUAAGCGAUGUUUACCUCUUUCCUACGGCGAAAGCUGCUCUGUACAGGCUGCACAAUCAUCUCACCAUGUUCAACGAUUAUGAAUACAUCUCAGUUGCUUUUGGUAGAGUGUCAAAAUCUCUGCUUGAUAUCCUCGCUAUAAACGGUGCGAGACACGAUCACUUUGCCAAUGGUGACGAAAAUGACCUGACCAACCUGGAAGCGCUGUGCAAAGCCGAAAAAACGGCAGAGCACGGCGUGCAAGCUCUCUACGUCGAGUUUCCUUCUGUCUCUGCUUUUGAGGGCCUUCGGAAACUCGCAGACAGGUAUGGAUUUGUUCUGGUUGUCAGCGAAACAACUGUGAAUUUGGCCAAUGUGGAUUUCAUGAGUAUCGCCGACGUGCUCGCUACAAAUCUGGCUGCAGGGUUUAGCGGCGAUACAGACGUCCAAGGGGGAAGUCUUGUACUGAACCCCGAAAGCAGCGCUGUGUACCGAUAUUUGAAACCGCUCAUGGAACGAAACUGGCAUAACGAGGUAUUUACUGGCGAUAUCGUAGAAUUGGAGUACAACAGUCGUGAUUACCUGUGCCGAUCAGCUACCUCUAACCAAAAUGCAGAGGCCAUUGCCACGUUUUUGCAAGGUAAAGCGACCAAAAGCAGUGUAAUUCGAGUCAAUUACCCAAAAUUUACCCCUGGAUUUGAGGUCUACAUGAGAGACCCAACGAGCAAGUUUGUCCCUGGGUAUGGCUGUCUGGUGGUUGUCGAUUUUGAGGAGCAGGAUUGUGCAGUUGCGUUUUAUGCGGCGUUGAAGAUGGAGAUUGAAGCUCAUUCGAUUGAUUGUCCGACAUGUAUUUUUCUGGAGGACUCGGGAACUUUGUUCAGAGGGGAUCAGGUUAAUUCGGGUUGUAGUGUUCAUGUAGUCGCUGGAUUGGAGAGCACAGACAGCCUGAUCAGGUCGGUGCAGCAGGCUCUGGAGGUGGCAGAUGGGUCAACAGGGGAUAGAAAGGUAAUUGCACCUAGCGGUUCUUUGUAA